AUGAGUAGAGGUGAAAGCAGUGGUGGUGGACAGAGCUCUUUGAAAUACCUGUUUGGAUCAGAGGAGAAGCAGCCAAGUCAGCCUCCUCCGCCGCCAAAGACAGUUUCAUUGCCACCGUAUGGCAUUGAUAUCGACGGUGGAGACGGCGACGGCAACGGCAAGCACCCUGUUGAUGGUGCUUCUUCUACCAGCCAAGUUAUUGACCGAUCUCAAGGCCAACACUUGGGAAAUAUUCUAACUGAUCGCCCCUCAACAAGAGUCAAAUCAGUUCCUGGUGGACAUUCCUCGCUUGGGUACUUGUUUGGAGAUAAGUGA